AUGAGGAGGGCAAUUUUGAUAGUUAAUGUUAUAUCUAUGGUGAUCUUUACAGUAGUCAACGACGUUGCCAAAGCAGAACGUACAAAUGGCUUUUUCCCUAUAAAGAAAACAGUGACAAUUACCAACGCGCUUCAGAGUAGGGCCCAGGUGAAGCUACAUUGCAAGUCAAAGGACGAUGACCUUGGGAUAAGAAUGUUGAGAUAUGAUGAUAGCUUUCAUUUUGGGUUUAGGCCAAAUAUAUUUUUCACAACCCUAUUCUAUUGUUCCUUUGAGUGGCCCGGCAGCGGCAGGGUUCACUGGUAUGAUGUCUAUGAUGAUAUGGCUAUGAAUUGCAUUAACUGUAAAUAUCUUGUCAAACCUUUUGGGUUGUGUAAGUACAAUCUACAAACUCAUGAUUAUGACAAGUGUGAGCCUUGGAAUAAUGAAGAAAUAGUUUAG